AAUUUAUGAAUGUGGAAUAAUUCAGGGUGGUGGAUGGUGUAAUUCAAAAUCUGAUUGCUUGGAUAGAGCAAAAGGGUAUUUUGGGAACAGUAUAUCGAGGCCGUUUAAUCGAACCUUCUUCUCGGGGAUUCUCGACCAAACUCAGAUAUUUAAUCCAGGUAAUUAGUAAACAAAAUAUUGCGUAAAUUUUAUUACUUAACUUUGUUUUAAUAAUUUGUUUGUUGUUACAUUCAGAUUUCUACAACUGGAAUAAAGUUUUUGUUUUAUAUUGUGACGGUGCAUCGUUUAUGGCCGAUGUCGAACGUGUAGAUCCGAAAACCAAUCUCACAUAUAGGGGAGCAAGGAUUUUCGAUGCUGUAAUGGACGAAAUGUUAGCUAAAGGAAUGAAAAACGCUGAAAAUGCUAUAUUGACCGGUACAUCGGCCGGUGGACUGGCGACAAUGUUACACUGCGACAAGUUUCGGGGACUAAUUCCUAAUGCUGGUCGAGUGAAAUGUAUUUCUGAUUCCGGUUUUUUCAUCCAUGGAACAAAUCUUCCUGGAGCAGAGUACAGACUACGCCGUUUUGCGAAAGUUGUUAAAACACAUAAACUAGCUAAACUUUUGCCCACGUCAUGCACAUCAAAAAUGGAUGAGGGAUUGUGUUUUUUCCCUGAGAAUUUUGUUCAAGAUAUUCAGACACCACUCUUUAUACUCGAAUCAGCUUUCGAGAAAUUUCAGGUAACCUCACUCUCACAAUAA